AAGACCGACGAGCGAGAAAAAAACAUGGCGAAGGCUUCGCUAUUUGACGGUUUUUUAUAAUUUUGUCGCGCAGUUUCUGCCUAAACAAGUUGAUGCUGCAACAUGGAUUUCAUUGAAGCUUGUCUGGAAGAGAUUGCACUUGAAGGUCUUGAUGGAAUAACCUUCCAGGCCCUCUGGUUGCGCCUUGAGCACAGAAGGACCAAGUUUCCACUCCGCAUUGAUGAGAAAUCUAAAGCCUACAUUUGGCGUGGCAUAGCAACUUGCAGUGAUGUAGAUUUCCAUGAGCUACCAAACCCAAGACCUCCACUUCGUCUUUGGAAACGAGAAGAUUAUUAUGAUGAUGAGUCGGGCAUGCAUUAUGAACCAGAGGAUGAUGAGCUUCUUGAUAUCUAUCCCAUAAAGAUAAUCAGUGAGGAUGGCAUAACAGGAUCCUGUGAGACCUUCCAUUCCAGGAAAAAUGUGACAAACCUGGUCCGUGAUAGUAGUGGCAAUGCACUCAUGCCUUAUGGAGAUAUCAUGAAGAAGUGGGGCAGUCAGUUCGUGAUGGUUGCAAGUCAGGCCACACGAACCAAAUAUAUCCUGGGGGUGGAUACAAACCCCUGCAUUAUCAAUCUGUUCAACAGUCUCCAGUACUGUAUAUUGGAACGAGUUGGCAGAGCACGUUAUGAAGGAGCAGUUGCCGUUGGGAAGGAUAGUUUGAAUGUGUUCAAUGAGAGUAGCAAUAAAAUGUUCUAUCAUCGUAAACUUAUGCUGGAACACAAUUUGAUUACAAAACAGUACUUUACCAUGCGUAAACCUAUCGCAGUUAGUGCCCCCACCCAUGUAAACCUGAUGCAUUUACAUCGUUUCUUCGUCGAGUACAAGUCCAAGGUGACCAUGUCUGUCGAGCGAAUCAUCGACUUACUGAUGCAGGCUCCAAACAGGAUGGUAAUUUUUCAAGACUUAAAGGAAGAACUGAGCACCACAAAGAAAAUCUUUAAGUUAGCUACAUCCCAGGCCAACUUCAAAAAGGAGCAAAUGCCUAUUUCCUCGAUCUAUCCUGACAUAUCCAAUGAAGAGAAAUACACGAAGAAUGGUGGGGAGCGGUCAGUAAAAGUGUUGAAGAUGGUCAAGCGUUUUAAACUAGAGGAGGAUGAUAUACCCGAGGAAGAGGGUGAUUGCCAAGAUGUUGAAACAGUUGACAUCGUGCGCGAUGAGCCAAUCCUGAACCAAGCAUACAGAUUCGUUGAGAGGUUGGGCCCUCAGGGCUGUGAAAUUGAACAACUGGCUAAAGCAUUUGGAGUCGGACCCCUCGAUGCCCGUUUGAUGAUGAGUAAUCUACUCUCAAGGGGUGUGGUUUCCAGGUUUUUGGCAGAACGAGGCAGGCAAAGGAUUCAGCGCUUUGUCGCUUUUGUUCAUGAGAAAGACUGCAACUACCAUAAAGAUAUUGAGAAGCAUAAAACCACUGUUCAGAAAAUGAUCAAGUCGGUCAAGGAUGAAGAAGAAACAAUUAAUGAUGAAGACCUAACAGUUACGGACGUUGAUGUAAUUCCAACCGGAGCUGGCGGUGAUGUGGUCCUCGAUGUAACUGCCAAGACAGAGUAUUCUAUCACUGAAGGCUGUGAGCGCACGAUGUUGGAUUACAUGGAGAAAAAACAAACAAGUCUUAGGCAACCAUCGGGAAAAGGUGUGGUCACAUCGAGGAAGAUUCAUCGGAUGAAACUGUUUCUUGAUACUGUUGAGGAACAAGGAGUGACCGAUAAGAUCCAUCUCCAGAAAAUUAUUUAUGAGAGCGAGUUAAAAGAUGGCAGCACCAGCAGAAUGUGUCGUAAAACUCUGACUCGAAUGGUGAAAAACUUGGCUGCUGAGGGGCAGAUCAAGGUCAUUAAGACACUGGUUACUGUUGGUAACAAAGAACAAAAGAUGGAGUUUGUCUGCCUGAAGUCUGUCUCACCGAAUGACCAGCGUAUUACAGAUGCCAUCCAUCGCGCCAAGAAGAAGCUGCUGCAGCAAAGGGAUAGCAUCAAGGCGGAAGUGAAAAGAGAGUCUGGGGAUGAGGCCUGCACCAAUGUUGAUGACAGUUUACCUUCAGGAAGCAAGAAAGCUCAACCGAAAAUUAAAAUGAUCUAUAAACAAGACGCGUCGCGUGCUUACGGCCUCGUGCCAAGAAUGCGUCGCCAGGAAAUCCUACACAAGUAUCUAUUCUACCUGACGCGUAGCUACAACGGUACCAUACCAGGGGGCUUCACCGCGUAUGAAGCGUUUAUGGACCAGACCCAACGUGAGCAUAAAGUUGAGCCGGAGGUCUAUUGUUCCGAAUUAGACUGGCGUCGCUUCCUACCCCCGAUUCCAGUUCACCACGGGUAUGGAAAAGGUUGGUUUUACUUGAGUGAUGCAUUGACAGUCCUCCCAUUGCAACUCCUAUGCCAGCUAGUCAAUUUUCCUUACAUCAUAGAGGAGUUGAAGGAAUACCUAGCCGACCCCAUCAAGCGAUACUACCCAAUGUGCUGCCUCCCACCAACAUUGUUUGCCCAGCUUACAUAUAAGAGGAAGUAUGUGUUUGUCAUAUUUGAUGAGUUGAUAAAGAGGCUGUGUUACCAGGGGUUGCUGACAAUUGGACCACAAAACGUCUACGCAAAGGAAAAGUGCUUUGCCUACAUCCAUUUCAAUGCAACUCUCUACGACACUCUGUCAUCAGAACCAGGCUAUAUGUGUGUGUCUGACAAAGAAUACCCAGAGAAGGUUUACCAGUUCAGAACGAACAGUGAUAUUGCAGCUUAUUGGGCAGAUCUGGAGUAUAUAGCUGUUAACACAUCACUGGGAGUGAGGAGCUCCCGCGGUGCAGAAGAGCAGUUCAACUACAGAACGCUCCAUCUGACGAAAAGGCUACAGGACUCGCUUGUACGCAAGAAGCCAAAUGAAAUUGUGGACAAUGGAUUCCUGCCAGGUGAUAGAAGGGGAGCUGCUGGCCUGGAUACCAUCUUCUUCAACCACAGAGCCCAGAAUUGGUCCUGGCCAUACCUUAAAAUUCCAUUUCCCAGGAAAGUACCAGGGGUCAAGACAAGUGUUUUGGUGAAGAAACUCCGAGAGAAGUCAAAAGCCAUCCAAAUUUCGAAGAAAACUGUUAGUGAUGCAGAUAAGGAUGGAGGGCAGAUGUCUGUGAUCCAGACCAAGCUGACCAAAGAGAAAGCAGCAAGUCGCAGAGGAGGCAAGGGUAUAAAGAGGAAAGCAAAGACGGCUCCUGGAGAGGAAGUGCCGAGGAAGGUCAGGAGACAAAUGCCGAUUAUUGCACAGAAGGAGAAGAAAAGAUGUACAUCGGGUCGUUUAAAGGAGGGUGACAAGGAGGCUAUGAGCAUGAUGACAAGGGAGAGAGUUAUUUGGAGUCCACAGGAAGACUCCUUGUUGCUUCUGAUGAAAGUUGCCAACAUCUUCCUCGGUCGUUAUGCAAGCUCUUUGUUGUCAUGGAAACAUCAACGUGAUAUCUUGCAUGAGACAUUUCCAGAGGUAUCAAAGGAUAAGUCAUCUGCAGCUUGUCAGCGGCGGCUGAAUUUUCUCGUGAAAAAUUACGAUAGCCGGGUUACAGUCGAUACAUAUGCCAAGCAGGCUCUUUUGGACAAGUCUCUUCUGAAGGAGUUUAAGCAGGGGAAGGUAUACGUUGCCACCAAUGUCAAAGAGAAUAUUGUAGUGUUCAAGAGACUCUUGGACACACUGAAAGAAAAAAUAUUGUCAGGUUUUAUGGCUCAUGCAAAACUGCCGGAUAGCCUGAAAGAGCUGCACGAGACAUACGAGAUCAUUGUUGGUGACGAAACAUUUGUGAAGAAGUCCCAACAUAAGGAUAUCACCUGUGUCAAUGACAUUUAUGAGAGCACACUGCAUAAUGUUAUCCAUGCUUGUCUUGCCACAACUGACAAGAACAGCCGCUCCCAGGAGCUGUUCAAGUUAUUCCAACAGUAUCCUGCGGAUAUGCUGACCACCCUUCUCAGCAGAAUGGUUGCAGAUCAGAUACUCACAAAGAAAAAGAGAAAUCAGUUGAAGAAGAUAAGAUCUGUUCAUAUGACAGCCAUGUCAGCAUACAUGCUCUCACAGAGGUAUCAAUAUGUGUUCCUCUACCUGUCGUCUUAUCCGAGGGAGAUCUUCAUGGACUCGGUUGAAUUACUCGACAAUCUCUUUGAAACUCAUCAGAAGACCAAGGAUGAUGAUGAAGACGGUUUCUUCAAUCUGCGUGGCAUGGACGUUGGUGGACAUGCUGCAGCUGUUGUUAGUUUGUUUGCUCUAAAGAAGAUCGUCACCUUUGCUAAAAUUCCUGAGCAUAUCACAGUGGUCACCAAAGCGCCGGCCAAGUCGAAGAAGAAAGAAAGCGAGCCAGCGACAGGCAGCAAACCACCACUGAUGACAGAAUCUGAUGAAGAGGAUGAACAGCUCAUUGAAGAAGCGGAGAAGACAGGACAGGAAGAUGCCAAAGCUGUUCAGUCAGAUACUGACAAAGACUUGGAGGAAUUUGAUUUCGAUGCGACAGAAUCUGAAAACACAGAAAAGUCAGUGAUUCAAGAUUCUCUCAUCAAUGCCACCUGUGGCACGGCAGAAAAACCUGCAGAACCUGCCGGGAUGUUGGACACAUUGAGUAAAGGUGCAGUGCUUGGAGCUGAAAACAGAGCCACCCCGUAUCUGCCCUGUUCUCGCCACUUGAUCAGUGUGGCACGGUUUGCACGAAUGCUGAAUCCAAAUGAGUCGUUUGUAGUCAAACCGUGUGAGGUCAAGGUCAGACUGAAGAAGAACUCAAAGGGUGAAGUAGAGUACACAUCCUUGGACCCACAGAUAACCAAGGACAUCCUAACAUCGCUAUCAGAGCUUCAUCCCCAUCAUACAGAUUACGAUGCGUUUCUUACUGAAUGCAGGACAGAUCACACCAUAUCCCAAGAUGAGGUUGACCAGAUUCAUCGCCUGCACAACAGAAUAGAAAGUGCCAAGGAAAUGGGGCUGACACGUAAAGAAGUAGUGGAAUAUAACCCUGACAUCAGAUCACUCGAUAAGAUGUUGAACAUACUGAUGAGAAAUAAAAUUGUAACUCGUAGUGGUGUUACAAUCCCACGCUAUGUCAGCUAUCUCCAUGUCCGGCCCUGGUUGAUCCACUCCUACAAGACAUUGAGAGGACGGAGCAUGAAGCCUUGGGAACAUGGUUUCGCGGAUUAUGAUAAGCUUUCACCAGAAAGUGCAGCAAAAGGAGUGACAUCGGUUGCUGGUUUGGAACUAUCCACGGAGGACACUCGAGGAACAGGAUCAACAGAUGGUGGCUCUGGUAUAGCACCAGGAUCAAGCUCUAGUACACCACCACCAGCUGAAGGUAGCACUGGUACAGCAGGAGGACCCAGCACUAGUACUGAACCAGCCAAAAGCAGCACCAUUGUGCCUACGGCACCAGUUGAACACAGUACUGGUCAACCCCGAAACGAUGCCAUGGAAGUCUCAACAGAAUCAUAUUCAGCUGACAUUUCUCAGACUCCGACACCGAUGGAGACUGAAACGUCUGCUGAGUUGGAUGAAAGUGUAGCAGAAAUCAUGCCUGAUACUCAGGACCUUUCAAAGGCUACUCGGAGGCGGAGGAAUCUUAAAACCAUGUCCUUAGAUGGUGGUUCACAUAGUUUGCCUGUUGAAGGAACAUACGAAAGGGUACGCGUCCUAUGCCGGCCUUGGAUAAAGCCAGAAGGAUACGUAAACCGUCCAACCCUCAAAAUGAUGCUGGAAGCUGUGUUGAUGUAUAUUAUGAAUAAUCCAGGCAUCAUGAUGAAGGGAUUAGUGAAGAAAUUCAACCCCAUCCUGCAACCUAUGGGAAUCCUAGAACUAUUGGAGAUGUUGGAAAAGACGGAAUGUAUCACUAGAAAGUUGCUCAGAAAACCAGCACAAACUUGCUUGUUCUCCUCAAGACCAUUUUGCCCAAUUGUGAAUGAAGACAAUGGUGAAGUUGUGGCAGCCUACAGUCCAACAGUUGACUGCAUCAUCAAACUAGGACAAUUUUUGUCUCAACUACAAACAGUAUCAAUUUAAAGGACCAACUGAGUUCUUCGUCUUUUAUUUUUGCAUUCACAGAUAAUGGCAAGGAUAUAUGGCUGCAAUAUAUGUCGGGCACAUUGAAGGUGUAAUCUGCCUCGUCCUUUUAACCAAGACAGAGUUGAGGACAUCAUGGAUUUUCAAUGCAUUUCUCCAUGAUACAACUGAGGGUGCAACCUUCAAACUAUCUGAAAAUCUACUAAUAAUGGCAUAAGCGCGCAAGGGAACUCUCUCUGUAGAGGUCCUCGGGUAGUAAAUCCGUAAAUCUGCCUCUCGGAUAGAGAAUUGACAAGUACAGUUUGAUAUUGGACUGUGAUUGUCUCCCGUGUACUACAUGUAUUUGAGACUAAGAUAUUGAAAACAAAACUGUUCAUUUGUUUUGCAUUAUGAAAUCUGGGUUGAAUAUCGGUUUAUUGGAGCAAAAAGUUUUGCUCUUAAAAAAUGUCUCUUUCCUAAUGAUUCAGUCCCUUAUGUUACAUGAUAUCAUUUCCGGAAUCAGACUUGUGCACUAUGAACACUACAUAAUGGUAAAAAUCAUGGUAAAUGUAAAAUGUCACUAAGUGAGGAAAGCAAUAAA